GGCGUCUUUGAGUUGGAGAAAAGAGGCUGCCCGUCUGCCAUCGACUUCCACAGCGGCGGAUUAAAAAAAAAAAACUUCCACAGCGAGCACAAACAGAAGUGCGAGGAGCGAGAGAGAGAGAGAGAGAGAGAGAGAGAGAGAGAGAGAAAAUGAGAGUGAGUCUAGAAGGAAAGAAGACAAUUUUGGUGCCAUACAUGAAAGAGCACGUCCCAAAGUACCAUCAAUGGAUGCAAGAUCCAGCCCUACUCCAAGCCACAGGGUCGGAGCCCCUGACCCUUGAUGAGGAAUUCCAGAUGCAGCUCUCUUGGACUCAAGACCCCCAAAAGCAGACUUUCAUUGUCUUGGAUAAAGAGUUGAUUGUUGGAGACUUCAUCCAUGGAAACGCCCACAUUGAAGCCAUGGUUGGUGAUGUGAAUAUAUACAUGAAUGACUUGGAUGAUUCACAGAUGGCGGAGAUUGAAAUAAUGAUUGCGGAGCCCAAAAGCCGGGGCAAAGGACUUGGGAAGGAGUCAGUUCUAAUGAUGAUGGCAUUUGCAAUUGAGAAUUUUUCCAUCCAUAUCUUCCGCGCUAAAAUUGGAGAAUCAAAUGAAGCCUCUCUUCUUAUGUUUCGAAGACUGGGCUUCAUGGAGGUUUCUCAUAGCGAAAUUUUUAAAGAGGUAACAUUGGAAUUACAAAUAACAGACCUGAAACGUGAGGAGCUGCUGCAGCUAUCGGGUACAAUGGUUACACAUGCAUAGACCUCUAAACCCCAUGUGAUUGUCUCUCUUUUACUUAUAUAUUUCUCGAGAUUCAUUUCUUCAGUCCCCAUUAGUAGCAAGAAGCUAUGAGGUUAUAUGGUUAUUCGGAUUGAAAUGUGGCAAUGCUCAAAUUGUUCAUCUUGUUAGUCUACCAUCUUAUGUAGUUCACUAAUCUUGUUGUUGAAUGUAAACAUUUUGAGUUAAAUUCAAUUCCACUUUAAUGUUAUUGCACUAA